AUGUGUGUUGAGACAAAGCCACGUUUUUUGCUCUUUGUGCUGUUGUUGCUAUUCGUUUCCCAUACGACUUGCUUCUCCAUUGUAGGUGAUACCCUUUUGGUUGGCCAAUCUCUCUCUGCAAGCGAGACCCUAAUAUCUCAAAACGGCGCUUUUCAACUCCGUUUCUUCAAGUCAGGCCCUUCAGUAAACAUUUACCUGGGAAUAUGGUAUAAGAACUUCGGAAAUACGAUAAAUGUUUGGGUAGCAAACAGGGAGAGCCCUUCAAACGACCCAGCUUCAUCAAAGCUUGAAUUGUCAGCUGAUGGCAAUCUUGUCUUGCUGAUGAAUUCCACCAAAACAGUUUGGUCAACAGCUCUUGCAUCUUCAAUGUCGAAUGCUAGUACAGCAGAAGCAGUACUUCUUGAUGAUGGAAACUUUGUCGUAAGAGAUGGCUCAAAUCCACCUACCAUAUAUUGGCAGAGUUUCGAUUAUCCAACUGACACAUGGCUACCUGGUGGAAAGCUUGGAAUCAACAAGCACACUGGUCAGCUUUUCAUAGAGUGGAACAGGUCACACAGGUAUUGGAGCAGUGGUGAUUGGAAUGGAGAAAUAUUUGCCUUGGUGCCUGAGAUGAGAUUGAACAAUAUUUUAAAGUUUAGUCAUUUAUCAAAUGAAAAUGAAAGCUAUUUCACCUAUUCUGUGUGCAAUACCUCAAUUCUUUCAAGAACCGUGAUUGAUGUUUCAGGACAGAUGCAACAACUCGUAUGGUUGGGAGAUUUUAGGGAUUGGUUUCCUUUAUGGUCUCAACCAGACCAAGUUGAUGUUUAUGGUUUAUGCGGGGCUUUUGAAGUCUUUAAUGAAAAUUCAGCAAGCUAUGAUUGUGAAUGCCUGAAAGGUUUUGAACCAUUAGUGCAAAAUGAUUGGUCAAGUGGUUGUGUUAGGAAAUCUCCUUUGCAGUGUGAAAAUAAGAGAAGUGUUGGAAAGGAAGAUGGAUUCCUAAAGAUUUCGUAUCUGACAUUACCUGCAAAUUCAAAAACAUAUCAGAAAGAGAGUGCUGAAAGAUGUAGAUUGGAUUGCAUAGAAAUUUGUUCUUGCGUGGCUUAUGCCGAUAAUAAUAACGGUGGGUGUUUGUUAUGGGAAGGAGAUCUUAUGAACUUAAAACAGUCAGCGAUUGCUGCUGGGAGGGCUGGAGAAGAAAUUUACGUCAGACUUGCUGCUUCUGAGCUUGAACUUCAGAUUGGUAACGGAACAGGUAUGGCUUUGUACAUAUAG